UUGUUUUGUUUUUGUUGUCGUGUCAACUUGGAACAAUAUUUUAACAAAAACUACUGUGUAUAAAGCCGGAUUUUACUGAAUUUAUAUAUGCCUAAUUCCAUUUGAUUUAAUUGAUUAAACUUGCAGAUAGAUAAUAGCACAAGAUAAAGAAAAAUGGGUGAUAAUUUUACGACCAUUCCUUUAAAAUCCAGGAUGAGCCCUCAAGAUUAUUUUAAAACAAUAUUUAAUCGGUGCGAUCGUGAUCAUGAUGGAUAUAUUACUGUUGAUGAGUUACAAGAACUGAUUGAAAGUCGCGAGUACGAAAAUGAUAUUCCGUUGCAUUGUGUUAAAAAAAUACACGAAAUGCAUGAUCGUAAUAAGGACAGAAGACUCAAUUUUGAAGAAUUCUUAGACAUGAUAAACAAUCCAGAUUUGAGUCAUGUUUUUGGUCACUAUACAACUAGGUAUAUCAAUUUUAUUAUACCGAAAAAAAGUCAUCCAUCUCACACUGCAACCGAUGGAGCUUACGAAGAAGAAUAUUCAUGUUAUCCUCCAGCUGUUGGAAUGAUCAUCAUAUCUCUGGUAGAAAUUAUUUUGUUUUGUAUAGAUGAAGCGACUGAAAGAGAUUCUACAAAAUAUGCUAGCGGCCCUGUUGCCACUCUUUUUAUUUAUGAGCCAUACAAAAGAUACGAGGUCUGGAGAUAUUUUACUUAUAUGUUUGUUCAUAUAGGAGUAUACCAUUUGAUAAUCAAUCUAGCGGUUCAGAUACUAUUAGGAAUACCUUUGGAAAUGGUGCAUAAAUGGUGGAGAGUUCUUGUGGUUUAUUUUGCUGGUGUUUUAGCGGGCUCUCUUGGUACAUCUAUUGCCGACCCCAGUGUAAAACUAGCUGGUGCAAGUGGUGGAGUGUAUUCUUUGAUUACAGCUCAUGUUGCAUCCAUCAUAAUGAACUGGAAGGAAAUGGCUUAUCCAUAUGUACAAUUACUAGUUUUUUUCAUAGUUGCAGCAACAGAUAUUGGCACUGCUAUUUAUAACAGAUAUGUUUUGGAUAUUAAUCAACAUAUUGGCUAUGUUGCACACUUUGCAGGGGCUGUAGCAGGAUUGUUGGUUGGAAUUAAUAUUCUCCGAAAUCUGACCGUGACCAAACAUGAAAAAAUCAUUUGGUGGGUUUCUAUAAUCGCAUAUAUUACUUUAAUGGGACUAUGCAUUAUAUGGAAUGUUGCCUGGACAAGUUAUUUUCCAAAAGAUCCUUACGAAGGGCAAGUUUAUAGGAAUUAUCAAAAUUUUAAUUUUACAAGGAAAAAUUUUAACUAAUUGCUUAAAAAAAGGAUCCUAUCUACUGACUACUUAAAUUGUGUGAUUUGAUUUUUAUGACAAUUUUGCAAAUAUUUCGAAAAUUUUAAAAGUAUUGUUAUCUUUAAAAGGGAACAUUUCAACCAAUUAUGAUAUAUCAAAAAAAUAUUCUCUCUACUAUUUAGUUAAAUUGUUUAAUUUAUUUGUUUAACAUAUGCAAAAAACAUGCAAGUUAAUUGUGAAUAUCAGAAGAAUCUCUCGAAAAGUAUUAAAAUUACUAUGAAAAAUGUAAGUACUUAAUUAUGAGUUAUGAAAUAUAUUUUUUGACAGUUUGACGUUUUAGAAAUGUCUAUUUUUACAAGCGAAGAAUCUCACGUUACAUUGAUCUGAUUAAAUGUGUUAAGACAAUUUUUAUGUCUGAAUAUCAA